GUAGACGUGCGAGAUGAUGUCACGUUGCUUCGUGAUGGCAUUCUCAGCGUCAUCAACGACGGCUUCAAUCAACAUGGCUUUACACCGUUUCGUCGUUCUCGGGAUGUGGUACAGAGAGGCCCGUUCUUCGCCGGCAACGACCUUGGGGAUAUUCCAGCGAGACACCAUGCCGACCAUAACGGUCUAUGGGAACGACCUGAGCCCACCAGCGCGAGCGGCCAGGAUGGUAGCCGAGGCGGUGGGACUGGACGUGGAUCUCAAGAGGACCUACCCCUUGAGAGGAGAGUGCAAGAAACCCGAAUACAUCAAGAUGAACCCAAUGCACCAGAUUCCAACCAUCAACGAUGGCGGAUUCUUUUUGUCUGAAAGUCAUGCAAUAGUGACCUAUUUAGCGGACAAAUAUGCGAAGAAUGAAAACCUAUAUCCGAAGGACAUCCUGAAACGCUCGAUAGUUCACGAGAGGCUGUUUUUCGACGUCGCGUUUUAUAGUAAACUUAUAACGUUUGUGAAAAACGAGCCGAGCGACGAAUUGAGGGACAACUUAGUAGACGGCCUGGAGACUCUGGAACGCUUCCUGACCACCAACAAGUUUCUUGCCGGGGACAACUUAACCAUUGCUGACUACUGUUGCUACUGUACAAUCACAUUCCUUGACUUUCCAAAAAAGGGUAGAGUAGACCUCUCGAAGUACAAAAAUAUCCAGAGGUGGAUGGAUCUACUACAGAAGACUAGUCCCUUGUUUAAGAAGUACGACCAGAUCCGCGAGAGGGCGAUACAAAUAUACUUGGAAGAUGGAAAGUAUUAGAUAGCCCUUUGAUUUUCUUAACAAAUAAACCCUGCAUCGUUGGAAAUAUUGUACUACUGUGCUGAAAAGUUUGAGCAAUGCAACUGUAAAUAAA